CGCCGGCUUGCCAGCCAGUGUUACCUUUGACGGUCGAACGUGUGGUUGUCUGAUGCCAGUGACGUCGACGUCGGCGCUCGUGCAACACGUCUAUGAUGUUUCGAUGAAUUUUGUUGGACUCGUGGAUUAAUGAUUAAUUUAUUAUCAUUCAAACCUGGAACACAGUGACAAAUAGUGACCUUACCUUGGAUUUGGAUUUUUUGGAGUAUUUGUGAAGUGACGUAAAAAUAUUUAAACAUAAACAGUGCAGUGAACCAAAGAAUUAUAAGUGACAUAGUUUUGGAUUUGUCCUGUUGAAAAUUUUUUAAGUGAUAGUUAUUACUUAAAUUGGAAAACAAACAAACGGAGCAUUGGGAUUAGCUUAAGGAGGCGUUUUGAAACGACAGGACGGCGAAUUCUGCUAAUACGGCUGGAUACGUGGGACACAACAUUAGCUAUCAGGGAGCAGUAGCUCCCGAUACUGGAAAACAUAACUCUUACCAAGAAACCAUAGGAUACAGAGUAAACACGCAAAGCUAUGGGUGCCACGGCGGUUCGGGCGCGAUGAGCGGCGGGGGCGAGAACGCGCAGUUCGGCGCCACCGCCGCGAUGGUUGCCGCGGCCAGCACGGCCGCGAUGCAGGACUCACAGCCAUUCUCGCAGAUGCAAAGCAACAUGGCUAUGGGAAAUCCUCAAUAUAGUGCGAUGAAUGGUUACGGUCAGCAGCGUAGCCAUAAUCCCGCAAUGACCGGGAUGGGUAUGGGCAAUAAUGGGAGUAUGAAUGGCAUGAAUGGCAUUAACGGGAUGAAUGGUAUGACAGGUAUGACUGGGAUGGGGCAAAUGGGGAAUGCUUCAAUGAACGGAAUAAAUCCUAUGGCCCAGAUGGCUAAUAUGGGAAUGCACGCCAAUAUUAUGUCCUCGCAAAUGGGACCCGGUCAAAUGGGAGGAUCAACGAAGAUGGGUCCUGGAUAUCAGAGGCGGCAUGCUCCGUACCCAACGGGUACUAUGCUGAUGGGCUCAAGAAAAAGUCAAUAUAUGGGAGGACAGCCCGGAUUUGGUCCUGGACAGUACCCCUCAGGAUAUGGUGGUCGACCUGGUUUUCAAGGGCAAUACCCACCCCAACAACCAUUAGGUCCAAGCGGUAACUUCGGACCGACAAUGCGAGGGAACAUGAGACAGUCAACGCCACCUUAUUCUAACCAGGGACAAUAUUUUAAUGGUGGAGUCCCAAAUCAUUUUCCUCAGCAUCAAACCAAUUCCGCUCAAUAUGGUGGGCAAUACAGUGGUCAAUUUGCGCAAGAGGUGGCCAUGCGAACGAAUAGUUACCAGCAUAGUCCUGUGCCUGGCAACCCAACACCACCUCUUACUCCAGCUAGUAGUAUGCCGCCAUAUAUAAGUCCAAAUGCUGAUGUUAAACCUCAUUUUAAUGAGCUCAAGCCACCGAUUGGUAUGCAAAAUGAUGAGCUUCGAUUAACAUUCCCUGUAAGAGAUGGUAUUAUAUUGCCACCAUUUAGGUUAGAACAUAAUUUGGCAGUUAGCAACCACGUUUUUCAAUUAAAACCCACAGUACACUCUACGUUAAUAUGGAGAUCGGAUCUGGAACUACAAUUAAAAUGUUUCCAUCAUGAGGAUCGACAAAUGAAUACUAAUUGGCCUGCAAGCGUCCAGGUCUCAGUAAAUGCCACGCCAUUGAUAAUAGACAGAGGUGAAAACAAAACGUCGCAUAAACCAUUGUACCUGAAAGAAGUCUGCCAACCUGGCAGAAACACUAUACAGAUAACGGUUUCGGCAUGUUGCUGUUCACACUUAUUUGUACUGCAAUUAGUACAUCGACCCAGCGUAAGAAGUGUAUUACAAGGACUGUUGAGAAAACGAUUAUUAACAGCAGAUCAUUGCAUUGCCAAAAUUAAAAUGAACUUUAAUCAGACAUCUUCAAGCGGGAACAGCAACACCAAUACUUCUAAUGAAAGAGACAGUAUUGAACAAACAGCAUUAAAAGUUUCAUUAAAAUGUCCGAUAACUUUUAAGAAAAUAACGUUACCGGCACGAGGUCAUGAAUGUAAACAUAUACAGUGCUUUGACUUAGAAUCUUACCUACAACUUAACUGUGAAAGAGGUUCUUGGAGAUGUCCAGUUUGCAAUAAACCAGCUCAAUUGGAAGGAUUAGAGGUAGAUCAGUAUAUGUGGGGUAUCCUUAAUACAUUAAAUAACUCGGAUGUAGACGAAGUAACAAUUGACAGUGGAGCAAAUUGGAAAGCAGCAAAAAUAUCAACAAACACUGGCAUAAAGCAAGAAGAUGAUAGCAACGAUAGCAGUGGGAAACGAGGAAAAGCUGUGUCACCUGGUUCAAUGAACAUGCCUACAAUGAACAAUUGGGAUCAGGCUUUGUCGCCAUAUCUACCUCCAGAUAUGAACACGAUAGCAAGUGGAUCUAUGAUCUCAUCCUAUCAAGGGAAUCAGAAUAGAACAUCCGGUUCCAACAGUCAAAACUAUGAUUUCGGCAUGAACAAUGGCCCUGGAAGCAAUGAAUACGCAGGCAAUGGACCAUUAUCACAUCUCAAUGAAAGCGUCAAUUCUUUAGACCCCCUAAACGCAAUGGAAAAAAGUCUAAAUGAACAGAUGCCACACACGCCACACACACCUCAUACGCCCGGGUCAGCUCAUACUCCUGGAGGAGGUGGUGCUCAUACACCUGGCUCCAGUCACACGCCAGGUCCACCUUCCGUUGGACAUCAUUCUUUGAAUGAUGUCGAUAUUCCUGCAGACUUAAAUUUUGACCCAGCUGCAGUAAUAGACGGCGAGGGGACCGAUAACUUAAACUUGUUACCGGAAACAAGUGUAGAUCCCAUGGAAUUACUUUCAUACCUGGAUGCACCUGCUCUUGGUGAGCUUUUAGCGACGCCACCUUCAUCGUCAUCGUCAGCAGGUUCACACCCACCACGUGCUCCUUCAUCUGAUGAUUUAUUAGCGCUAUUUGAAUGAGUGACAAGGAUGUUUCUAGGCCCUUAGGAAUGAUAAGAUUAAAUACCUGUCAGGCUUAUUCUGAAAUAGGCUGGGAUUAAAUCUUUCGUUGAAUCUAACGGCCUAGUUUGACGCCUAUUUAGCUCCCAUUCAGGAGCUCGACAUUGUGAUAUUAGGUUUUAGUUUCUUCUCCACAAGCGUCGACGUCGAAUGUCGCAAAACUUCCCAAGUGUUUCUGACAUAGCAAAGCUAAUAGAAUCUCUCACUUAAAUGGAUGUGCUACACAAAUUUAGCAUAAUGCGACAUUCGACGUGGUCUAAAGCAUCUUGUUGAAACAAUGAUGUUGGAGAAAAAUUCAUAGUAAUAAUAUAUAGAUAAGGUCUGAGGUGUGGCAAAGGCCUCACCGGCCAUAGACACUGCGGUGUUGUGUAUGUAUAGUUCCUCGCGCCACCGCGACAACCGUGGCGCACCUGAGCUCUAAAUAUUCUAAAGAAUAGAAUAAACUAAUUAAAUUAAUUCAUCCUCUUGUUCAAUAUAAUGCUAUGAUUAGAUAUUUUGUGUCUAAUUGUGUAUAGUUUACCAACUGUAAAUAGCGAGAUAUUUUAUUUUAUUUUCCUAGUUCUUUCAAUAGUCAAGAGACCGUAAUGCAAUAUGUAAAUAUAGCUAUGUAGUCAUUAUGUUGCGGGGCUCGCGAGUGGCAGUAUGAAUUUUAUAGUUCCUAAAACUAAAAUAUAUGCAAAAGAACUAUAAUGUUCAUGGCCCAAAAAUAAAAAUAUUCCUUAAAGUUUUCAUAUUUCUGCAUUUUUAAAUAUUAAGACAUGCUAGGAUUUGUGGGUAUGUAGCUACUCGCUUAUUGGGUGAUAUAUUCUAAAUGAGUUGUUUGAAAUCAGUAUAUGGCGACAUCAAGUUGCUUAUCUAUAUUGUAAAUGUGAGUGCAAAAACACUGUUAAAUUAUUUUGCGUUAUGUGAAUUGAAGAAUGAUAGAAAUAUAUUUUAAUUUCUAUGUUAAAAGAGUAAUGAACUGUAUUAUUUGUAAAUAUGAUUUAGGUAAGAAUAUUAUAUGAUCUAGUUAUAUAUUUAGAACAUGGCAGAUACUUAUAUGACGGCCAGUUUAGUGUAGUAAAACUAAAUUAAAACAAUCAAUCUACACAUGGUUUUACAUGUACAGAACACCACUAUAUUCAAAGUUGCAUAAGAGCAUUCAGAGUACAGAUUUUAGUGAACAAAGAAUGACCACUUAAUUCAUUUUUAAUAUAACUAUAAAAAAUAUUUUUAACUACAAUAUUUUCCUAUCCCUGUUUAUAUCAAAAAACCUGAAAAAAAUUAAUGAUUAUGAUAAAUUUGCAUAGCCUUACUCUACAAAAUAAAGUUAAUAUCUUAUAUUAAGAAAAAUUUUAGGGUGCUAAUCAUUGUAAAAAAUUUUGUAAUUGAUGAUUUUUAUUUUUUUCGUCAUAGUUGUUUCAUGUCUUUUAAACAGUGAUCCUUGCAAUUACCACACAAUACUAAAUUCAUACUUAUAUUUCGAACUGAAUCUGUACUCUGAUAUGCAUUUACUAUGUCAGAUAUGAAUGCAAUUGAAAUAAUAAUUUAGUAGAAAUUUUAUCAUCACAUAGUGCUCAUCUAUAAUAAUUAUGAUUUACCAAUUUAAUUCGUGAUGUGAAACACAAAAGCAAUAAAUAUUAAUAAAUCAAUAGAUACAGAAUAUUUAAUGACUACUUUGUUUUGUUAUAAAACUGUUACUUCAAAAAAUAGGUUUAUGAAUUGUUAUUUUGAGAUCAAAAUGAUGAGCAUUAAGUUGACUAAAUAUUAAUUGUUUCACCUAUUUUCAAAUGUUUGGUUCUAUUCUACAGAUUAAGCGCGCCAUAUUUUCUACAAUGUUUUCAAGUAAUCCCUAUCCACUGAAGUAGCAAAUUUAAUUUAGAAAGAAGUCUUUCCUUUUAUCAUAUAAUUAAUAUCCACAUUUAAAAGAAAUUAAAAUAAUUCAUAUCUUUGUGCAGUAUCAUUAAAGUCUUAGAUUCUUAUAAAGUUCUGUCGAUUUUCUAAUUCAAUUGUAAAAUAUGGUGAUUUGCGCAUCUUGAAUACAUGCUUGUUAUAUGGGCGCCUCUUUAGAUUUAGUCAUCUUUUACGAAAACAAUAAAUUAGCAUUACUUAAAGCUGUGGUCAAUCACACGGAUAAAAUUGCUAAUAACAGUUUGAAAUUCAUAAAAAAAACUAACAUUGAAAGACGAUAAGCAAAAUGUGUAAUUGAUCACUGCUAUGGAAAUAAAUUUAUAUACUUUUAAGGGACCUUCAAUUCCAGUUAGCUAGUUCUAUUUAUUGUAGUUAAUAUUGCUGUUGGAUGGAUCAUCAUAGUGAUUUUUGAAUGACCAAAUAGUACUUUUUUAUACUGUUACCUGUUUUAGGUAAAAUUAAUGUUUAUAUUAAAUUGAAAAUAUCAUAAAAAUGUAGAGCAUAUCACAUUGAACAGAAGACAAGAAUCAUUUUGUAUGAUCCAUCCAAUUGAGUAAAUUAUUACAAUAUAUAUUUUGUUGAUUAAUAUAAUGAACUGCUGUGGACUAAGUAGAUUUGACAAAUGUAAAAACAGCAUUUGAAAAUAAGUGAAAAGUUAUUCUAAUAA